CCAGUCCGGACCGAGGACACGCAGCGGGACGUUUCCUCUCAAAAGUGGGAAUUUACAAAGGACCCGCUGCUCCUUAAUGACUCUCGGAGAAGGCUCGGGGUCCGUUUACCUGUCGGGCGUCGCGCGGAGGACUUUUCUUUUGGGGUUUGAAAUUAAAAUUUGCUGAAGGAGACGCGGCGCACGGAGAUGAAGGCGCACCAGGACUGAGAGGCUUCUCCGUCCUUGGGGACCUUUAAGGACUGCCCGAACCGAGUGGUGGACCGUACCCGCUCCAUUCAUGGAUUACAACAACCUCUAAGAAUCGUUUGUGGACCAUUACUACCGGGCAUCGCACCUCCCGAAUCCUCCUCCGCUCCGUCUCCAAUGAAAUAUCUCCCUCCCUCAGCUGCGGAUCGUGAAAGUACGCGGAUCGAGCUCAGUGAGGCCGGCGACGCGAAGCCCCCUCGUCCCGGUGCUGUGGUGUCUCUGUUGACCCCCCUGGACCCACUUCGGCAGGCAAAGCGUCUUCCUAUCCGAGUUCUCAAGAUGUUGAGUGCGCACACUGGACAUUUGCUACACCCGGAGUAUUUACAGCCUCUGACGCCCGCACCAGUGAGCAUAGAGCUUGAUGCUAAGAAGAGUCCGCUGGCCCUGCUGGCCCAGACCUGCUCCCAGAUCGGCAAACCAGACCCUCCGUCCUCCUCCAAGCUGAGCUCCUCCUGCAGCCAAGACAAGGAGCCCAGCAGUCGCUCUUCCGCCUCCAGCCUGAAGCUCGGGGAGCACCGGCCGUCGCAGGAGGACAAGUCCAGCUUCAAACCGUACAACAAAGGCAGUGACUGUCGCAGAGACACCGUAACCAGCAGCAGCGGCGAUAAAGUCGGGUUCCGGGUGCCCAGCGCUAACGCCGGCGCUAAUGGAGGCUCCCAGUCCUACCCGCCCGGCGCCGCUUCGCCCGGCGCCCGGGCCGGCGCCACUCCGCCCCACAAGCGGGGGCAGUCUCCCGGCGGACAGAGCGCCCCGCACUGCCAGCCUGCCGGCGGGGACGGCGCCCGCGAGCAAGGCAGCCCCGGCAGCACCGGCGGCGGCAGCAACCACCACGCCAAGAAGGACGGCGACGCCGGCAAGGCCGCCUCGGACGGCCCCCACCUGGCCAACUCCAGCCACGUCCGCGCCAGCGCCAACUGCAGCAGCGGCAGCUCUGACGGCGGCUCCCAUCAGGACGGGGGCAAAGCGGAGUCGGCCCAGACGAACCUGGGCCCCGGAAACAUUACGCCCAUCUCUCCUUACAAGACGAGCCAGCCGCUCUUCCCCCUGCCCUCCUCCAACAUGGGCUACCAUGGAUCUGUAGUGGGGGCCUACGCGGGGUACCCCUCUCAGUUUCUUCCCGGCUUGGACCCGACCAAGUCGAGCCUCGGGGUGGGGGGUAUCGGGGUUCCGGCCAAGCACCCGAGCUCCAGCCCUCUCACCGGGGCCUCGCCGCCGUCCUUCAUGCAGAGCCUAUGCAGGGACCCCUACUGUCUGAGCUACCCGGGCGUGUCCCACCUGGGCGGCGGCAACUGCAACUCCUGCAUCCACGACCCGUCCCCCGGCCUCAAGUCCAGCUUCCCGCUGGUGUACCCCUCCCACCCGCUGCACUCGCUCCACCAGGGCUCGCUGUCGUCCGGCGCGUCCCCCUCCCUCUCCCACCCGCUCUACGCGUACGGCUUCAUGCUGCCCAACGACCCCCUGCCCCACGCCUGCAACUGGGUCUCGGCGGGCGGCCCGUGCGACAAGCGCUUCGCCACGUCGGACGAGCUGCUGGCCCACCUGCGCACGCACACGGCGCUGCCCGCGGGCGUGGACAGUAAGCUGCUGGCCGCGUCCUCCUCGGGGCCCGCCUCCUGCCACCUCCACCUGCCCCACCAGAGCAGCCCGGGCUCCAUACCCAGCUCCCUCUCACUCAGGGCCCCCCCGAGCCUGGGCUUGUCUCGCUACCACCCCUACAGCAAGGUCCACCUGCCCCCCGCGCCCUCCUCCAUCUCCAUGCACUCUCUGCCCACCACGGGCCCCUACUACCCCCACUACGCCCUCUACAGCCAGAGACUGGGACCAGCGUCGGCACUGGGCUACCAGUGACGCCUCGUGGUCCCACGGGAAUAGUUUGACAGGUCGGGAAAUGUGCUGCCUUCCUGGUGGAGGCCGUUACCACGCCGACAUGGCUCUGCUACGUAUAAAACCACUGGCUUGGCUUAGAACACUGGAACCCGCUGGUCACACUCGGUCCACCUGCGAUGACUCAUUUGUAUUACACAUAAAAAGUCCAGUUUGCUGUUCAAUGAGGAAUUGGCUCACAGAGCAAAUAUCAUUAUCAUUAGUUAUUACGUUAGUGCACAUAGAGAAACGUGGGAAGGCUUGUUUCCCAACAAAUCCAACAAACAAAACCAAGUUGUUUUUCUCUCCAAAUGAUGAUUUGACUGAACGUUGUUCAUCCGUUUCCAGUUCUGUUUACUGAUGGUUCCAGUCGUUGGCUUUAAGCCUUUAGCCUUUAGCUUUAUCGUCACAUUUUUUGUGGUAUCACUAACAUCAUCGAAUCUCCCAGCGAAGCCAAAACAGUAUAUUUCCUGACAUGUUGAAGUAUUGAAGUCAGUACUUAACUGGACGGGAUGCCGCUCCUCCCUUGGACUGGACCUGUGUGGAGCCGUCCUGGACCAUGACCCGGCAGCAUCGUCACGCUUUCUCUGCGCAUCAUAUUUGAACUCUGAGGUUUCUCAGCAGGCUCCACCCCAUUAGACUCUCCUGCACGUGUGCACAUGGCGUGGACACAGCAUCCUCGUGUGACUUUUUGGCCAACUGACGGGUGGAUGCUGUGUGACGGAUCCUGGGGGCUCCUGCUGCAGACGCUGCUGCUCCAGUGCAGCCGGAGGCCGGAGGCGCCUCCUUCCUGCGACGGGCGCAUGUGAGCUGGACGCGGCGCCUCGUCGCUUCCUCGCCCUCGUGGUUUGUUUGUGACGGUUUGCUUGGUUUUCACCUCGUGUUUAUUUCUACUGAGAAGAUGUAUUUAUUUUAUACCAGGAAUCUGGUUUUCACGUUUACCAUAGAACCCAAUUCUCUUUUUCCGGCUCAGAGCGGACGUUUGCGAAUCGUGUCUUAACACUUCUUCCAAAAUGAAUGUUAAAAUCACAUCUCUUUUUUCUCUGCUUUUUUUUUUAACUUUCACAACAAAUCAAUGAAACUGAGAUGUGAUAUAUUUUGUAAAAUUGAAACAAGGGGAGGUCAUAUUUUGUUAAAUAAAUCACACUGAAGACGUA